CUUGCCACCAACCUUAGCGCUAAAGUCGUCGUCUACUUUCGAAACCCGCUCCUCGAUCGCAGCAGCUUCUUUGCGUUUUUUUGAGAUGGCUAUAUGCUCAAUUGCACACUCAACGCUUCUUCUGUUGCUAAACAGAGUUUUACUUGUUUUUUUGGUUUUAGGUGCUGUCUGUUACGUUUAUCAAAACCCGCCCUUCUGAUGUAGAAUUUGGGGGAACUUUGAGGAGUCUUACAACGGAUGGCAUGACCUGGUUGAGGCGCAGGAUGAAAGAGGUGGUUGAAGGAGAAGCUCUACUACAUAGAUGCCAAGCGGAUAUAGACAUGCAUGAGGAUGAUCAUCCAAUGUACCCAGCAACUGUGAACGAUCACAAGUUACACGAGCACGCUGAAAAGGUUCUGAAGCUCUUGGUUGGACCCGAGAAUGUCAAACCGGGUGACAAGAUAAUGGCGGGCGAAGAUUUUUCCUUCUAUCAACAGAAAAUUCCAGCAGUGUUUGCUGCCUUAGCCGAGAUGUAUAUACAAGACCAUCAAAAUCAAACCAAGUAUGGACAAUGAAGAAGAAAAGACCAAAGCUCAGAUCUAAAGUCUCUUAGUUACUUACUUUCACAACUCAAGUUAUUGGUCUUCAUAAACAAACUAAUUUAAAUUUGACAAAUCAUAAGUGUUCCGCUAAGUAAUGCAUCUUACAUUUGCAGGUGCAGUUUAUAUAGAGUUCUAGUGUGUGUACAGGUUGGAAUUAACAUACUAAGUUUCAGUUUUUCUGAUUCUUUACCACAACUUCAAUUAGAUACUGAUAAGUCCUUGGCUUUGAA